AUGACGGAAAUGUACCAUGUAACUGUCGGAAAAACUGCAAUCUUCGAUACUGCCGAUGUUUUAAGGAAAACCGAACUUACACCUCCCCCUGUCACCCUUGAAGAAAUUCCAAUUGAUCCGCUACUAUUAUCGGAUGAGUCAGAUGAAGCCACCGAGAAUGAAAAUCAAAGUAGUUCUCGAGAACCCUCUAGCAAUGACAGUCAAUAUUCAUCUGCUAGCAAUAAUAGUGAACAGAGAAUUAUGGAGGAGAAAUUGGACUGGAUACAAUGGAAAUACGGUGAGAAGAUUCAUGGUGCAGUGAUAUAUGCGAUGGAGAAAAAAUACCCGCUCCUCUCAGAUAUUAUUGAAAGGACAAAAGAACUUGUUAUAGAGGAACGCCUACGUCAACAUGAAAAUAUUAUCAAACGCACUAUCAAGAAUUACCGACAGUUGGAUUUCUAUCAAGAGUUUAUCAACCAAAGAAGAAGGAGAAAAAAUGGGCCUUCCGUAUCGGCUAAGCGGACAUUGGAGCAGAAUAAGUCUAUUCCUUUUCUUAUAGAAAUCACACCGGUCGCAUUUUGGGUAGGACAUUCUGGACAAUUCCGGAGGCAAAUGGAAAUUGAAGGAGAUCAAAACGAGGAUCCAGAGAUAUUGUUCAGAUCUGUGAUUGCUCCAGAGAUUUUAACACACUUUAUUUCCUCUGAUAUGCAGAUACAGUAUGAUGAGGCGUUGGAGGUAUUACGUGACCCAAUUGCACAGGAGUAUGGUUCUUUUAUUGAUGUGGAUAUGUUGUUAAUGGAUCUCGAGGGUCUUAUAUAUAAAUCAUCUCCACCACAACAACAAAGUACAAAGAGGGGACGUCAGUUGAGGAAAAAUUAA